UUUUAAGAGGGAGAGAGAGAGAGGGAGAUAGAGAGAGAUAGCUAUUUGUCUUAGACGGGAGAUUAUUUGAAAACAAUAGUAUUGAAGCAUAACAAAAACAGUAAGACUAUAAACCUGUCUGAUCAGUUUUGUCAUGACUUAAAAAGCCCACUAGUUAUUUGUUAUUAAUGUUGUUUAUCUCAUCGGUUUCAGCUUUGUUUUACUUUUGAAAACAGGUAAUUAAAUUUAGUGUAAAAGUCAAAAGAUGUUUCUUAAGCUUCUUUCCAUUCCAUAUAAAUAGUCAAAGGAUUGUACUAUCUGCUCAUCAAUCAAAACACAAUCUCGAUAAAGACUCAUAUAUUUGGAGAAAUCUUUUUUUUUUCUUUUUUCCUUAUCUCAUAAUGUCUAUUAAACAUGUUUUUUUCUUUAUGGUGUUUGUCUGUGUUGUAGUCUCUGCCAAUGCUCAACUACCCCAGUUUCCCAUCCCUUUUCCUUUUCCACUCCCAUUUCAACCAAGUCCCGGUAUUCCCGGACUACCUGAUGUAGCAAAAUGUUGGUCUUCAGUGAUGGAUAUUCCAGGAUGCAUUAUAGAGAUUUACACAUCCAUACUCACAGGACAAUUCGGACAUAUAGGUCCUUCCUGUUGCAAAGCAUUUUUGGAAGCCGAAGCCAAUUGCUUACCGAAACUUCCAUUCAACCCACUAUUUCCUCUCAAAGAACAAUGUUCAAGAAUUGCUAACGCAGCUCCUCCUACCACAAAAUAGGGUUUUACAUUAGUAGAAGUAAUAGCUAUGUUGUUUUUAUUUUUCAAGGUAUUUUAACAUUUUAGCUAAAUACUACAAUGUUAUCCUCCAAAAAUACGAUUAUAUAAACAGCAUUUUAGAAAUAAAAAUAUUCCUGCAUUUCCUUUUAUAUUAACCAUGCGGUUCAUGACUGUGAAGAUUCUAAACUAAUCUUACUUAUAAAACAUACUUAAAUUAUACUACAAACUAAACUAUACAAUUUAAUAUUUAGAAAGUUCAUGGGUUGCAUCUACAAAAUAAAUAUAAAGAAGAAUAGAGGAGAAUGAUUGAUUUAAGAUCCGAGUUUCAUAUUACAAUAAUCUGAAAGAAGUUUAUUCAUAACUUCUAUACAAGUUGUAUAAGUUUCCCAUCUUUUUCUGUUUUUUUUUUGUUUCAUAAAAAUAUCAUUUUUUGUGUGUUUUAAUGUAACUUUACAACUUCUGUAUCUACAUAUAUAAAUUUAUCAAAUGUAUAUUAUAUAUUAAAGUAUGAUUAUUUUUAUUAUU